AAAACGCACUCCCAAAUCGCCCUCGUCGUGCACCCAUCAUGCGCUACAUUGCACUCUGCACUCCACUCAUCAUUGCCUCCAUGGCCCUUGCCCUCUUCACCGGCGCAGAGGCUCGCACUCUACCAGACCAGUCCCCUGCCUCCUCUGAGCUUUCCCGUCGUGCCAACACCGUCUCGGUGCCAGGAGCCGACAACUUCGUCGUUGGUAGCAUCAUUGGCCAAGCUCCGACGACGAGGACCUACGACUUCGUCGUCUCCGAGAUGGAAGGCGCUCCCGAUGGCGUCACGAAGCCCAUGCUCGUCGUAAAUGGAGUGUUCCCUGGUCCGACUAUCGAGGCCAACCAAGGCGACAGGCUUAUCAUAAAGGUCACAAACCAGAUGUCGAAUAAGACAUCAAUUCAUUGGCACGGCAUACCUCAGAAUGGCACAAACUACUACGAUGGUACGGCAGCGAUCACGGAGUGUGGCAUCCCGACUGGCCAGUCGCUUACUUACGAUUUCUCGCUUGAUGAUUUCUCAGGCACAACCUGGUGGCACGCCCAUGAUACGGAGUAUACCGACGGCAUUGAAGGCGCGCUUAUCGUUCACCCACGGUCCUACCCUCCCAAAUUCCCCACCUGGGACGAAGACCUCGUCGUCGAGCUGACCGACGUGUACCACACGUUCAGCGGGGUCAUUGCCGCGGAGCUCUACGCAGGUAAUGGCUCCUUGUCACCACUUUUCCUCGAGAUCCCGGACAGUGGUGCCAUCAACGGUAUUGGUCAAUACAAUGGCAGUGCCAACUACUUUGAUUUUGACUUGAAGCCCAACAAGACUUACCGCCUGCGCCUCAUUCACGAAGGCUCUGCCGCCGCCUUUCGCUUCUCCGUGGACUAUCACUCACUGACCAUCAUCGAGGCUGACAGCACGCUCAUCGAGCCCCAGGUUGUCUCUGGCGUCUCGCUCGCCGUCGGGCAGCGCUACUCGGUGCUCAUCACCACGAACCAGACUGCAGAGCCCCAAGGCAACUAUUGGAUGCGCUCUGAGCUCACAACCGUAGGCAGCCUCCCGGAUGUCAACACGGACGUUCGUGGAAUCAUCAGGUACGGAAACAGCAAGUCCUUGCCGACGGCCUCGACAGACCCUGGCGUGCCGGGCUCGGGUCUCUCUGACCUCAAUACCGCGACGCUUGCGCCGGCCAUCGUCCAGAAGCCGCUGGACAGUACCAAAUCCUACGCUGUCUACUUCAGCGUCGCAGAGUCAACUGAUGGUGGAACAAUUACGUUUAUGAACGGCACGAGCUGGCAACCACUCUCAAACUCGUCGACUCUAUUGCACAUCGUGGACGCCGCUCAGAAGGGCCAGUCCUUCGCUCCGGAGGGUUCUAGCGUGGAAUUGGGUAACCAGUUUAUGAUCACUGAAGACUCCAUUGAGACCGUCGACCUUUUGCUGGUAAACCAGGACCCCGGCCCGCACCCGUUCCACCUUCAUGGUCACACGCCGUUCGUCAUGGGCUUCGAUACGGGCACAUUCAACGGCACUGGCCUCAACACUGUAAACCCGAUAUACCGCGACUCUUACAUCGUUCCCCCUGCUGGCUGGCUCCUGUUACGCUUCGUCACGGACAACCCCGGAAUCUGGACCCUUCAUUGCCAUAUCGCCUGGCACAUGGCCGUCGGCCUGCUGAUGCAGAUCAACAGCCUACCGUCCGUGUCUGCGAAGUUCGACAUCCCUCAAACUAUCCUCGACCAGUGCCGCGUCUGAGCAAUGGCACUGUGGAAUGGACUCUAAUAUUUAUGGCUGCAGUGACAGGAUUUGUGGACAGUUUUUGCGUCGCUCUGGAAAGGUAGCUGGUACCAUAAUAUGGUGAUACACGCUGUUGUCUAAUAAUGUAGUAUGAUAACAAAGAAACUU